GCGAUGGACGACGGACUGCCGUCCACGGAGGAAAUCCCUUCACUUGAGUCGUCGACGGGAUAAAGUCAUUUGUGGGCUGCUGCCGACGUCGCUGCUCCGAGAGUAUAUCCUCGAAGUCCUCCGAAAAAGCCGCCCCGUUUUCCACCGGCCUUUCGGAAAAGGGGGUGACGGCGACCAGGACGAGCUCCAGUGCGCCGACUCGCCAGACUGUUAUACUGUCAUACAGUGCCGGCCAGGGGGUGAGUACAUCGGCACUUCGGGUUUUACUCCGAAAACGGCGACAGCGACGGCGACUGUGACGUCGACUGCAAUUUUCAGUGCGUUCGAAAGUUCGACAACUUUGGAAAACUGUCAGUUGGCAGCGAACUUAGAACAGGUAGAGACGCACACGUUCCGCCUGGAAAAUCGGUACAGAAACGGAACAGGCUAGAAAGGAACAUACAUUGCCCCAAACUCACUGACACACCGUAUUGGGAAAGCCGAACGCUUUUUUUUUUGUUCCGUUUUGGCGCUCGGAAAACGUGCGUCGACGUCGACAGCGACUGAAAGACGGCGACUGAAACGGCGACGAUGUAAAAUUUUAUUACCCCAAACGCAUCGAGCAGUCGGGUUUUGGACGUCCGGACUUCACCGCCGCUCGCUGCGACGCAGACUUUUAUUGCAGCUGCCAUAUAGAGUGGGCAUAUUCCAUUGGUCUGGCCCGGAGAUCCCAAAAACUUUCUGAAGACGGACACAAACUUUUACCAGAGUGCGGCAUAAAAGUGCAAAAGUUUUUGUUCGCAGCGCCCCACGAACUGAACUAAAAGCAAAACUUCCCAGCCGCCGCGCAAAAACCCCCUUCACAAAUAAGUAAAAUAAAAACAAAGCCAAACCCAGUGCAAUGCAAAACAAAAACCCACGAGUAUAAAAAAAAAACCAAAUGCGAAAAAAGUGCGUGAUCUAAUUGACAUCAAGUAUACGCCACGUUAGCCGGCCUAAGUUUACCAAAACAAUAAACAUUUUUCGUAGACAUCAUCGCCGUCGCGUUGACAAAAACGGAGCCAAAGAGCCGGAAACACGGAAUAGCCACCGGGAAGAUGGCGCUUUCCAAGCGGCCCCUUACAAAGGACACGCCGUUGUCCGAAAGCAACGGCAACCACACCAAUGGCAAUGAUCACGAGACCUCCAUCAAGCGGCGCAAACGUUGCAGUCGCGACGACGACUCCAGCCUGAUCAACAACAACAAUAACAAUAAUAAUAACAACAACAAUAACAACAGCAAUAGCAACAACAACAACUUGCCUCAGAAGAAACGCAAACAGGGCGGCCAGGGCCACAUCGCAGACAGUCCGGAGAGCCCCACCUGCGGUUCCCUGCCCACUCCGCUGGCCAAAAGCAACACAGAUGCGGACCAGGACGAUGAGACACUCAUCCGCGAAACACAGGCGGCGCUGAAAAGCCUAUCGGGCAGCUGGCCCGACUCAAGGGGGAAUUUGUAUCGGCUGCAGGAGCAGGACGAGAAUCCACCGCCCUUCCAGAAUCUGUUCGAGGAGAAACAAAAGUAUGAGGCCAUCGGCAAUCCCAGCCAUGCCAUACAAGCACAAGCCAGCUCAACAAAUCCAAAUUCCACACUCUUCUCACGUUUCCACAGACAAAAAGAGAACGACCAGGCGCGCCUUAAUGCAGCCAGCGGUGCUGGUGGUGUCGUCCAUCUUGAGGCACAGGCGCGCGGCAAAAAGUCGCCCGACGAGGAUCAGGAUCCGGAACUGGAGGAUACCUCAUCAUCCGCCUCAGGACAAGGCGUUUACGCCCAAGCGGCCUCGGCCUUCAAGCCGCCCAUCGAUAUCAUCAAACGGAAUUAUGUGGCCGCCGCUCAUGCCCAUUAUAGUGCCUAUAAUGCGGCCGCUGCAGCGGAAUCUGCCGCCGGGUUGGCCUACUAUGGCUAUGCCGCUGCCGCCGCCGCUAGUCAACAGCAACAACAGCAGCAGCAACAACAACAGCAGCAGCAACAGCAGCAACUGAGUACCGCCUUCGAUAUUGCCAGUCAGCUGGGCGAGAAGCAGCGGCCCAGGGAACCGAUGGCCGAUGGCAAACAGUACACGAUCCUCCAGCCGGCGGGCAUCGGCAGUCGGGCUGCAUCUGUAAUGCAGGACAUAGCAUCGCGUGAAGGCGUUGUGGGCGUUCCGCUUGUGGCCACGCCACCAUCCACGGCGGCCAGCAGUCCGGCGGCAGCGGUACCAGCGGCAGGACCGUCGACUCCAUCGACACCGGCACCAAGUUAUUCGCCGGGUAGCCAGAAUCGCGUGCUGGCUUUGCACGAGCAGAUCCUGAAAUGCCCCACGCCCGGGUGCAAUGGUCGUGGCCACGUGCAGCCGCAUCGCAGCGUGCACCGCAGCCUCUCCGGCUGUCCGCGGGCGGUAAGGCGCUCGGGCGGAACCAGCCGCCGUCCGGGAGCAGCUCCACUAGCAGCAGCAGCAGCUGAUCUGGAGAAACAUGAGAAGGAGCUGCAUCCACUGGACAAACUGAAGCUGGCCUCCAAUCACUAUUUGAACAAUAACAACAGCAACUGCAUCAACAAUAACAGCACUAAACUGAGCGGUUCCACAACGAUGCCGAUUAUCAAAUCGGAAUAUAGUCCUGUUGCCAGCAUCAAAUCGGAGUAUAACAAGAGCCCCAUGCACUCAUAUCUAUCGGGGGAAGCGGCCGCGCCCGCCCCCGCCGCCCCUUCAUCAGCGUCCGCCGUCCAAGCGCCGCGUUCCGGAUCGGCAAGCGGUGCAACAGCCGCGAAUGGAGAGAACAACCUGCAUGCACCGCAUCUGAGUCGCUUUGUGGGUCUCCAGAGUCCGCCACAUCAGCCGCAUCUUAAUCCUCACGGUCAUCACCAGCAACAACAGCAGCAGCAGCAACAGCAACAGCAGCAGCAGCAACAACAACAGCAGCAGCAACAGCAGCAACAUACGUUGCACCAGCAGAGAGGACCCUUCAUAGAGGGCAACGAUGUCCCAGAUCCUUCAGCCAAUUAUCAUUCGGAACACCAGCAACAACAGCAGCAGCAACAGCAGCAGCAGGCCGACGAGCGACAGCAGCAAUAUGAGCAAAUGCGAUAUGCCCAAAGUCAUGUUAGCGUGGGUCCAAGCGGAGAAUUAAUGGCGCCCAAUGGAGGCGAACUAUCGCCGGGUACGGCGAGAAGCGCCUACGAAGCGCAUCCCGGACACCCGCAUCCGCAUCCCGGACACCCACAUCCACAUCCGCCCGUCUCGCUGAGUUCCCUCAGCUCUCCAGCUUUUACGGUGGAUGCUGUGACGGCAGCCAGUGGAGCGAGCUUCGAGCGUUACGAUCCCAGCGGCGUCUGUUGUCCCAGCAAUGGGCAAAGGGCCACCGCGGCAACAGCGGCGACCGCGGCGGGCGCUUCUGCGGCGGCGGCUGCCUAUCAUUAUCUGCCCCAAACCACCGACGAGAUGCAGGCCCAGCAGCAGAAAUAUCUGCAGGAGCAGCAACUAAUGCUGGCCAAGGCGGAGCACGAGGAGUUGGCCAACGGCGGACAGCCUCUAUAUCCGCGGCCCAUGUAUCACUAUGAUCCCACGAUGGGUCCUCUGCCGCCGGGCUUUUCGGCCAUUAAUCUAUCGGUUAAGAUGGCCGCUGCUCAGGCAGCAGCUGCAGCAGCCGCCUAUCAAAAUCAACAACAGCAGCAGCAGCAACAGCAGCAGCAGCAACACCACCAGCAGCAGCAACAACAGCAGCAGCAGCAACAGCAGCACGGCAAGCAGAGCAGCUCACCCGCACCCAAUGUGAGCGGUGUGCCGGCGGUGGAUCUCAGUGGUUCCACCUCGGUAACGAGUAGCAGCCCGCACGGUUUCAAUUCGCCAGCCUCGCACAACCAAUAUACCGCCCAGCGCAUGGGCAACGGCAGUCCGCAGCCGGGAGCUAGUCCAAACAUAGCUAGUCCCCAGGUGCCCAGUCCCCAGGGACAGACCUUGGACCUCAGUGUCACCCGAUUACCCCACAGCAUUAUUACGAGCCCGCAGUACGGUGCCGAUGGCCUGGUGGUGGGUCAUGCUCAGGGUUUUGUGAGUGGAGCGACAGGACCUCUGGGUCCGGGCAAUGGUGGACCACCGCGAUCGCCGCAAAUGGAACCAGUGGACUUCAGCGGACCGCCAAGACCCCUGGGUUUUGGUCUGGUGGGACACAUAAGCGGUCCACGACCUUACAGCCGCGAAUCCACGCCAGACAGCGGCGGAUCUCACUAUAUCGAAACGUAUCGGGAUCCCAGUGGUUACUCACCGCACCCUGGCUAUGGUAUGGUGGUGCAAUCGGACUAUCCACCUGCUGGAUACCACGGUUACGGUCCGGCUGCUUAUCAAUGCAGUAAUCCGUACGCCACGGCAGUGGGUCCCGGUGGCUAUCCCACGCCCGUUUCCGGCGGAUACUCGCCCAGUCCGGCCACCUGCUACUCCAUGCCACCGCCACAACACAUCCCGCAGCACGACAAGUCCAAGGACGGAUUGACGGGCUGCUCGCGCUCGGACCGCAACCAUCUACAGUCGCACUCGCAGGAGCUCAAGUGCCCCACGCCCGGAUGCGAUGGCUCCGGACACGUGACGGGCAACUACUCCUCACACCGCAGCCUCUCCGGCUGUCCAAGGGCUAACAAACCGAAGAGCAAGCCUCGCGAUGGCCAGGAUUCGGAACCCCUGCGUUGUCCCAUCCCGGGCUGCGAUGGCUCCGGCCAUUCCACCGGCAAGUUCCUCUCCCACAGAAGUGCUUCGGGCUGUCCGAUUGCCAAUCGGAACAAGAUGCGAGUCCUGGAAGCCGGUGGCACGGUGGAGCAGCACAAGGCCGCUGUGGCAGCAGCCACGGCCAUGAAGUUCGAUGCCUGCACCACGGUGGGGAGCCAGGGCAUAAAGAAGCCCAAGUUCGAUGAGGUCGCCAUGGUCUAUCCAAAGGGUUAUACAGGCGGCAGCGGACUGGACAUUGUCAUGGGUGGCGUAGGAAGCGGUGUCGGCGUGGGACUGGGUCUCAAUGUUGGCAUCGGGGUCACCAGCAGCAGUAGCAGCAGCAGCGCCGGUGGAAAUAACAACAACAGCGGCACUAGCAACACCGUCGGAACCGAUAAGAAUCCAUCUGGCGGGGGUCCCUCAUCGGGCGCCAAUGGCAGCGAUGACUUAAACACGUUGGAGGCCGAGAUAUCGGAACUUCAGCGGGAGAAUGCACGCGUAGAAUCGCAAAUGAUGCGACUUAAGUCAGACAUCAAUGCCAUGGAGUCGCAGCUGAGCACCAGCGAUCGGGAGGCUUCUCCAUUGAGUGGUCACCAGCAGCAACAACAGCGUUCCUCGGUGGCUUUGGCCUCGCCGAGCGGGCAAUCGCCAUUCGCCAGCGUCAGCUCCACCAGUGGUGCCAGCUCCUCGGUCAGUGGCGCCACCACAAACAGCAACAACAAUAACAGCAGCUCUGGCGGAGGCACCACCAAUGCCAACGAUCUCAACCACUCGAUCAGCAAUUUGGCACCCAGUUCGGGCAGCAAUCCCAACCAGCCCAUUGAGGGCGUAGGAGGAGCCGCACCCAAUGCCAAUCUGAACAACUACUAUGAGAGCCUGAGAAAUAAUGUGAUCACGCUGCUGGAGCACGUGCGUCUGCCGCCACCACCACCACCGCCUGGUGCGGCCACGCCCAGUUCGUCGGCAUCAUCGGUGGUUCAUGGACUGGAUAAUGUUUGUGGUGCCGGUGGUCAGUUGGUGGCUGGUGGAUCGCUAGUGGGUGGAGAGCAUGCGACAGCGUACUCCACACUCCUGCCGCCGCCACCACCACCGUCGUCGGGCGGUGCCGCUUCCGUCGGUGGAAUGUACGGUGUCGGUGCUAAUGGAGCCACUGGCCUCCAUCAGGGCACUGGCUCAAGCAAUGGUGGAGGACUAGGAUCUAGCGCAGCCGUUGGACCGCCACCAGUGCCACCGCAUCAUCAUCCCUACACGGUGCACCAUCCCGUUAGCUACGCCCAUCCACAUGGCCAUCCGCAUGCACAUCCACACCCGCACGAGCACUUCGACUCGUAUAUCUCCAAACUGCAGUCGCUAUGCGUGCCCCCCGAUGUUUAUGCCCUGCCCGAAGAUGCGGACCGGCCCGUCUACAACUCCGUGAAGCCCACCAUGCACCAGGACUACGGCAAACUGAUGCCGACGCCCAUCUAAGAACCCUGAGAAUCAAAAGCCCAGUACUGGUGACCCCAAAAUAGAGCCACAUCCCGUCCAGGGCUCAAACACGAAACAUGUACAUAAAUACUUAGGCACAAGCAGUGAGAGGUAGGAUGUAAGAGGUAAAACUGACGUUAUCCAUAAGCCUGACUUCAAGGCAGACUAUGCAAAUUGAAAUUGGGACAGAGUGUCGGGGUCACCCGUACGUACUCGAUGCCCCAUUAGUAGAUACAUAACGCUAGUUCUUAGGGAUAGAAACCUAACCUAACCAUUUAGUUGGUUGGCACCAUGCUAGUUCCAGUCUUAGUAAUUAGAACUGUUCCACAUCCUAGAUCCUAGACGCUUUUGUCGUGUGUUGAUAGCAAUGAUGUAAAAAACAAGAAUGCAAAACCGAACAUAAGUGUGUAAUUCGAUUAUAAAUUGCAAUUUUUUUUGUCUGUAUCAAAUACUACAACUAGAAAUUAUAGAAAUCGAUAUAUUAUAUAUAUAUAAUUAUAUGAAAUAACAACUCCCAAAUAUGUUUAAAUCUAGGGCAUUUGUUUGCUGUUGAUGUCUGGUCAAUUUUUUGCAUACGGAGCGGAGCGCAAGAUGUUCGCCACUACUUAAUAGACCCUACCCAAGUUCCACGUAGUGACCCUCUAGCCCAUAUCCCCGCAGGCUAAGUUAAGUUUAGUGGCAAAGUCGAACACCAAAGUGAAGAAAGUGGAAAACGCAGUAAAAUACAAUAUAUAAACACGUGCAAAUAUAAUCAGUACUAGACUUAGUGGAUGUAAUCGAGACAUUUUUUUUGUUUUUUUUUUUUGUGUAACUGUAAUAUUAAAAUGUAAUAGUAAUAGCAAGCGAAUAUCUAAAACUAUAAAGGGUAAGUGUGUGGAAGGAGGUGAGAUCGUUGGGUUUGCGAGGCUGCCGCAAUACAUACAUACAUGAAAUCGGGAAAGAAAACACGCGUACAUAUGCAGAUUAUAUCAGUAUGUGUGUAUAUGUCUGCUUUUCUAUAGGAUCGUAAGUUUUAAUGUUACCCCUUACGAAAUCGGAGAAGAGGCAUUAACGAAAACCCCUAAGAAAAUAGAACGGAAAAAUAGAUUAAAAUCCAGUG